AUGGCCCCGUAUCAAAGUCCUGGUAAGUCAGUCAGGCGUCACUUGAUUCCAAAUGAAGAUGAACCUGCGAAACCAGACGAGGGGUUUUUUGGUUCACUUGGGAGGCUUAUCCUCAACACUAGCUCAACAGUAGGUGAAAUAUUUGGGGGAAUAAUUUCAGGAUUUAGAAGGAAACCCUUACACUAUCAGCUCCAGCAGCACUGCCAGCAACCACUCAAACACUCUGACAGGUGGCCCGUUCAAGAUAGCUUUGUGAUUCCUGAUGAAGAUGAGCUACCGCCAAUCGAAACCAGAAGUCCGAUACCCCAGAAAACCCAUCCAUUUAUGACCAAUGACAAGGAGCACAAUCACCAUUUGAAGCAAAACCGGGGUUACUAUGGCAGUUGGGAAGGGGGUUAUAACCAACAGCAACAGCAGCAGAUGCAGAUGCAGCACCCUCAGCAGAUGCAUCUCCAGCGUUACAAGAAUCAGCAGCAGCAGCAGCAUCAUAGGAAUUAUAUAUCCAACCCAAAGACAUACUAUGAGAAGAGCUGCGAGACAAAUGAGAUUGUGUUUGGGGCUGUUCAAGAGCAGAAUGGUUGGCAAGAAGCUGUGGUGAUUAAGGCUGUUGACUAUGGUGACUCCAGGUAUAAUCAACAUAAUAUUCGACCUCGAUUCAACUAUGUUGAUUAUCCUGAUGGCCAUUAA